AUGGACUCACCACAUUGCUAUUUAGAGCCAAUUUUAUCAAAGAUCCAACCCGGGAAGCACUAUGAUUUUGGCAAGGCUAGGCAAAGGUCGGGAGCUUCGGUUCGCCGGUAACAAACAUCAACGUACGAUACGAUAUAGCGGGGCUGGAUUUGAGCCCAGCUUCUUGACAUCAGAUGUCACAACCGGUGGUAGUCACAGACGUGAAAAGAAAUGAACAGCCUCACCCCAGACAUGAUGGGUUUUUUAACACAUCACCGCCGAUGCGAGGAUGAAUCGUUUGGGAAGUGAACAACCCGAGACACUGGAUCCAAUGUCUCGUCAUUCCAUACAUCACAGCCAACGUGCCUCAGGCUGUUGGUCAUGAUCCUCCUCCACCAGUAGGGGCCUCAGAAUCUGAUUUCAGCGCCUCGAGAUUGAAUCCCACAUGUUCAACCGCCCCCCAUAAAAGUCCCGAGCUCAUAAGAUUUGUGUUAUGGCAGCAAGCAAGUCUCCGGGAGAGCUACCGAGCAAACGAUGGACUUCUUUUGAUGUCUGGAAUUACAAUGGCAUGAAAGAGCGACUGCAGACGGCAUUGAUCAAAAUUGACAAGAGUGCGCUCAUACACCAUGCCCAACGCAUCAAGGGCCAGGAGCUCACUAUGAGCGAACCAUUUUCUGCUGGCCAGUAUUGGAUCUGCUUCGAAAUGGUUGCGGAAGACAAGAGCAUCGUCAUUGCCAGAGUUCGCCUGCCCCGUCACCCUGACAUCCCAGUGACGGUUAGUGAGGAAGAUGUGGCAUACUCGAUUGGCUGUGCGGUCGCGGCCAUGGAGUUUAUCCGGCUGAGACUCAACGCUGUUUCUCUUCCGCGUGUAUACGCCUGCGAAGGCAUGGGAUCGCGACAGGCUGCUAUUGUUGGAGCUCCGUACAUGCUGAUAGAGGGAUUCUAUGGAAACACUCUGCAAGACGUCGAAUUCGAUAUUUGUGAUUUGCCGAUCUUGACACAAGAACACAUCAUUGCCCAGUGGACAACUGUGCAAGCGGAGCUGGCGACUGUGGCCUAUCCCCAGAUUGGCACCAUCUGCUCUGUUUCCGAAACUGGAGACCCUAUUAUCGGGAAGCUGGCUGCCGGAGAACUUAUGAAGUUGGGGCCGUUCUCAAGGGCGUCUGACUAUUUCACCGCUCUUGGAGUUGCCGCAACAAAUAAUACAGCCACUCGUCUAGGAGCCUUUGUCUUUCUCGAUAUCGUGGAGACCACCGAUCUGUUUGGGAGGAGCGCCACUGAGGAAUUCUUCCCCUUUAAUCACAUGGACCUUGGUACACAGAAUAUCCUGGUGGACGAGCACUUCGACUUCGUUGCCAUCAUCGACUGGGAAUUCGCUCAGACAGCACCCUGGCAGGUCAUCCAUUACCCCAUGCCUUUCCCACUACUGAGCCCGACUGAGGAAAUUCUGCGUGAUCCGAAUCACAUAGCGUACAGUAACUUCCGGGAUGCGGAGCGCGAACUUGAAGGGAAAGGCCGGCAGCUAGGAGGGUCGUUCACCACUACCGUCGACAGCCCGGCUUCGAGGAUAUAUGCCUGCUUUAUGAACAUCGGUCGUCUGCCUGCAGCUGAUGAAGAUCUGGUACAUGAGAUGGCACAGCUUGCGUUUGGACUGAAUCCUCAGGAGGCGGAAGACUAUGUUCGGAAGGUAGAGCGAAGGCACUGCCUUUCGACGGGAGCUACCUAG